CCUGAGCGCGGCUCACUUACUCACAUUGGUUCAUCGACGCUGGACGAGAGGCGCAGCUGACAACUAGUGUACUUUCUCAUUUUCCCAUUGUAAACGACUCUAAACGUCAGCAAAAUGGGGAAAGGAUGCAUAACUGCGACCAAGUACUUCCUGUUUCUCUUCAACUUUAUCUUCUUUAUCUUCGGAGCUACGAUUAUGGGAUUUGGACUGUGGAUCCUCCUAGACAAUCAGAGUCUCAUUGCAGUGUUGCAGGAGUCAUCCACGAUCCUGAAGGUGGUCUCUUAUAUUCUGAUUGGUGUGGGCUCCUUCUCCAUGCUUCUGGGAUUUCUGGGAUGUCUGGGAGCCAUCUAUGAAAUCCGCUGCUUGCUUGGAUUGUACUUUACCUGUCUAUUGCUCAUUCUCCUGGCCCAAGUGGCUGUGGCCAUUCUCAUCUACUUCCAGCGUGAUUUGUUGAAGACAGAGACGGAAAAAAUAGUGUCUCAAGUUGUGGCAAACUACCCUGGACAGAACAAAACCGCAGAGCAGGCCUGGGACUACCUGCAGAGAACAAUGCAGUGUUGUGGCUGGAAUGGACGCAUGGACUGGGACGAGAACCAAAUAAUAAAGAACAAUACAGUGCCACUGUACCCAUGCUCCUGCCACAAUUACUCCAUCCAAGCACCAAUUGUACCUGACAACGGCUUCUGUCAGGCCUCUUCUAGUGACUGGCCCAUCUAUCAGACGGGCUGUCUGGAGCAUGUGGGGAGCUGGCUCUUCACAAAUUAUGGAAUUAUUUUGGGAAUCUGUCUUGGUGUGGCUGUCAUUGAGCUGCUUGGAAUGAUACUUUCUAUGGGCCUUUGCAAGAGCGUACACCAAGAAGAAUACACCAAAGUACCAAAGUACUGAGAAGGAAACACAGACACUCACACAUAAAUAUAUUGAGUCCUUUUAGUCUUUUUGGAAAAACAGAUCUCCCUCUUUUUUCUACAGUAUACACAGUGUUUCCAAAUGAAAAAAACAUAUUAGUUAUGUUUUAUCAUGAGUUGUCACUCUUUGUCAGUAACACUAUCCCUGUGAUGUCUAAUGAGAUCUUCUUAGUCCGUUUUGAAUAGCCUAUUGUAUGACAGUUUGAAGUAUAGCACAUGAAAGCUGCCCACAUAAAUGAAUGAAACGUGUAUGACGAGACUUGCUGCCCCUGAAUGCUUUAUUUAUACACCGACACUCUUUAACACCCAGGCUAGUCUUUUUGCUUUGAUCAUAGAGGCCCAAACUAUGAGUUAACAGCCUAUUAAACUUCAGUUUGCUCUUUAUAGACAACAGGAAAACCACAAAGGGCCUGCUUUUGUUAAAACACAGGACUUCACUUGGAUAUUUAGCAGUUUGUGGUAUACAUAGACUGACACAAUUCCCACCCUUCUGUAGUGGCAUGUCUCAAAUACGAAAGUUGUGUUUUAUAGUCUGCCGUUUAUGUUUGUACAUCAGUGUUGUUUCAGGUUAAUUUUUUAUUAGUGUGUAUAUAUUUUAGGUUUCAUUUGCAUGUUGAUUUGGACAAGUCUUGGGAGUCCUUUUUUUGUACAGAUGAUAAAUUGUAUGUCUUUUUUUCUACAUGCGUAAAUCGAGCUUAUUUGUAUGAGCACGUUUGUAAGGAAGUACAAUAUGAAGAUAUUCCUCUAUGAUGUGAACCAAAAUUAAGAGAUUCGCCCCCAAAGUUGACUGCAGACUUGAUUUAUUUUGUAUUGCAUUGAUCCUAAUUUAACUGAGUUUCUUCUCUGGCACCACUAUGUCUUUAAUUGUAUACUUGUUUUUCACAGGUAUAGUGAAAGAGUUCUAACAGUGUUUUCUUUGUCAUCUGUAACAAUUCUUUUACAUUUGUAAAACUUUUAGUUUGUAAUAAAAGGUACACACUUAUUUUAGUGUUUUAAUGUUCCAAAAACAAAUCCUAUUUUUUGUAAUGCUGGCAAUACAGUCCCCUACCAAGUAAUUAUGAAAUUAUAGAAGUAUUGUAACUACGUACCUUUCUUAAGCCGAAUGUGAUGCAAUAAAUAACUGACCCAA